AAUUCUUGAACUUCCAGACAUCGCUCUUUUACACCUUUACUUUCUUCCUUUGUCGCUUUAGAACAAGAUGUCGGAUACUUUCCAGGAUCUUGCCGAUAUUCCCAAGGACUUCCUCCGGGAUGGCACCCAGUUUGUUCGCCGCUGCACGAAGCCCGACAAGCGCGAGUUCAUAAAGAUCAGCCAGGCCGUCGGAAUGGGCUUUCUCAUCAUGGGGGCCAUUGGCUACUUCAUCAAGCUCAUUCACAUUCCCGUCAACAACAUCCUCGUGGGCGGUGCAUAG